CUUGGGGAAGAAUAGUUCUCGCCAUGGAUAGGUCCAUCGUAGCAAGAUGUCUUAUACAUACCAGCUAUAAGUUACCAAGCUUAAGGUGGCAACGCCAUAGUUGGGCUUGGAAGCUUCGUGCGCAACACCAAUGGAAGACCACUACUUCAUCUCUCUCGGCUUGGCUCUGGUGUCGCUGCUCGUCGUGCUCGCCAGGCGCCGGCGGUCCCCGGUGCACGGGCACGGGCUGCGGCUGCCGCCGGGGCCGUGGCAGCUGCCGGUCAUCGGCAGCCUGCACCACAUCGCCGGCCAGCUCCCGCACCGCGCGAUGCGGGACCUGGCGCGGCGCCACGGGCCGGUGAUGCUGCUCCGGAUCGGCGAGGUGCCCACGCUGGUGGUGUCGUCCCGGGAGGCGGCGCGAGAGGUGAUGAAGACACAUGACACCGCGUUCGCGUCGCGGCCGCUGAGCGCCACGGUGCGCGUGCUCACCAGCGGCGGCCGGGACAUCAUCUUCGCGCCCUACGGGGACCACUGGCGCCAGCUCCGCAAGAUCGCCAUCACGGAGCUCCUCAGCGCGCGCCGGGUGCUCUCCUUCCGCGCCAUCCGCGAGGAGGAGGUCGCCACCAUGCUGCGCGCGUGCGCCGCUGCCGCGGCGGGCACGCGCCCCGUGGAGAUGCGCGCGCGGCUGUCCGCGCUCGUGGCGGACGCCACGGUGCGCGCCGUGAUCGGCGACCGUUGCAAGGACCGCGACGUGUUCCUGCGGGCGCUCGACCGCUCCAUCCAGCUCUCGGCCGGGUUCAACCCGGCCGACCUGUGGCCGUCCUCCUGGCUCGUUGUCCGGCUCAGCGGCGCCGUGCGCCACGCCGAGAAGUGCCGUGACACGGUUUACGAGAUCCUCGACGGCAUCAUCAUGGAGCAUCUGGAGAGGAUGAACAAAGGCGGUGCCGGCGAGGCCGAGGACCUUCUCGACGUGCUGCUGAAGAUACAGAAGGACGGCGGCCUGCAGAUCCCGCUCGACAUGGACGUCAUCAAAGCCGUUAUCUUUGACAUCUUCGGUGCCGGCAGCGAGACGUCGGCGACGACGCUGGAGUGGGCCAUGGCGGAGCUCAUCCGGAACCCGAAGGCCAUGCAGCGUGCGACGGCCGAGGUGCGGCGCGCCUUCAGGGCGCACGGAUCGGUGCGCGAGCACGAGCUCGGAGAGCUCCCGUACCUGCACCUCGUCAUCCGGGAGACGUUCCGGCUGCACACGCCCCUGCCGCUGCUGCUCCCGCGGGAGUCUCAGGAGCCGUGUCGCGUGCUCGGGUACGACGUGCCGCGGGGCACGACGGUGCUGGUGAACGUCUGGGCGCUGGGCCGCGACGAGCGGUACUGGCCCGACGACCCCGAGGAGUUCCGGCCGGAGCGGUUCGAGGUCGGCGAGGCCGCAGCGGUGGAUUUCAAGGGCACCGACUUCGAGCUCCUGCCUUUCGGCGCUGGCCGGAGGAUGUGCCCCGGGAUGGCGUUCGGCCUCGCCAACCUCGAGCUCGCGCUCGCCAGCCUCCUGUUCCACUUCGACUGGGAGGUGCCCGUCGUGGUCGACCCGGCCGGGCUCGACAUGACCGAGGCGUUCGGCAUCACCGCGCGCCGGAAGGCCAACCUCCUGCUCUGUCCCAUCCUCCGGGUGCCCGUGCCCGGCGUCUAGUCGAUGCCACCGACGCACGUGUGCUUAGAGCCGCAGCGCCGCCGCCGAAGCAUUGCUCGUUGGUCGUCAGUGUGCACUGUUCUACGGCAAUAGCAACGUAUGCACAGCGUUCUGCCCACUGCCUCUUCAGUGCUGACAUAUGCACAAUACAGGAGUACAGGUCACUUGUAUUUCGUUUCUUUUAUUGGCUUGUAUGGGAAGACAUGUAUCGAUCAUUCCAUGUAUAUACUUUUGUCGUUUUGAAAGCAUUCAAACUUGCAAUGUUACAAACUGGA